UCUGUCCGCUCUGUCUCAGUCUACCAUGUCCUACUUUUUUCCCUGACAUUUAUUUUGAAGGUUUUAACCGGAAACACCAGUUUUCUCCGGGUGGUUCUUCAGUGUGGAUAAAACUUGAGUCUCUGACUUUAGGACAGAAGAAGACGGAGACGGUGACCCGCGGUGAUGGCAGCGACGUCACACACACCAGUCAAGAGGAGGAGGGACAGCAUGGAGGUCCCCCCAGGUCUGAAACCUGCCCCAUGUUUAUCUGUCUGAUAAACAACACACACACACACACUGUGAUGGAACACUUCUCGCUGUACGUUAAGAAUAUGAAAGGACCCAUGAAACAGUGUGAGGACAUGUUGUGGAUCCAUUUACAGAUAAAGCACCAAACAGACCUCCGGCUGGUUCUGGUUGGGAAGACUGGCUCAGGGAAGAGCUCCAGUGGAAACACCAUCUUGGGAAUGGACGUCUUCAGUGCAGCUGUCACUCACUUUUCAGUGACCAGACAGUGCUGUAAACAGAGAGGGGAAGUGUUUGACAGAGACCUGACCAUCGUCGACACCCCCGGCCUCUUUGACACCUCCCUGACCGAGGAAGUUGUGAAGAGAGAAAUCUCCAAAUGCAUCAACAUGUCGGCCCCGGGGCCCCACGCCAUCUUGCUGGUCAUCAAGGUGGGACCUUUUACAGAAGAGGAAAGAGACGCCAUCAGGAAGGUGGAGGAGGUGUUUGGACCGGACGCUUGGAAGUACACCAUCAUCCUCUUCACCCAUGGAGACAGAGUGGAGUCAGACUUUGAUCAGCAGCUGACAGAGGAGGGUGACAAGCUGCAGUGGAUCCUGAAGAAGGUCGGACACAGAUACCACGUCUUCAACAACCUCAAGAUCAAUGACCGUGGUCAGGUCCUCGAUUUACUGAAGAAGGUAGACGACAUGGUGUCUGCCAACGGAGGAGAGUUUUACUCCAACUACACCUACCAGGAGGUGGUGAGGAUGCUGGAUCAGAGAGAGGCAGAGCUCAGAGAUUUCUACCAGAAGAAACUGGAGGAGGAAAUAAAAGCUGUGGAGUCAAAGUACGAGGAGAAGCUGAGAGAAGCUCGACAGGAACGACAGGGGGUAGGAGGAACAACUGAACUCUGAGCUGAAAGAACUGAAGCGGUACUAUCACGCUUUAGAGUCCGGAGUCCGUCACGUUGUGGAGCAGACCGUGAAGACUGACCCCUUUGAUCAGAUCCUGGAGAAGUUCCAUGAGACUCAGAAGCUGAAACUCACCUCUUGAAUCAGUUACAGCCUCAGACCUGAAGACUUCUAGAUGUCAACAGAAUGUUUUUAGGGCUAAGCUUCAGUAAAGGCCAGUAUCUACUGACAUGAUUAACACUGGGUCCUGAUUCACUACAUGAGUCUUUGACCUGGUCUUGGAAGACAUCCCCUGAAUCUUACAUAAGCUGCCUCAAACCUGGACCAUUAGUGGUUUUCUAGCUUCUGUUGGACUGCAGCGUUCUGUCGACCUGAGGGUCUGCAGCAACUUUCAUGCUAACAUGUUGUGUAGUCAGAGCAUGCAUCAUUCGUUAGCACUGAGCUGUAAAUUACACUUCUGCCUUUUUCAGUUUGACUUACACUGCAGGUCAGUGAAGUGGACACAUGAUGCUGUUGAGUGUUUAAACAACUUCUAUAAUAAAACUCCCUCUUCUGA